AUGUCCCGAUCCGCCGCGGACGCUACGCGGUUCACGGCCACGGGCCCCUACGCCAGCUCCAAGCCCAAUGGCGCGCCCUACGAACUCCCCAACUUCAUGAAGCCCCAGGCUAGCACGGGUCCGUCGCAGCCUAAGGCGCCGCAGACCGGCCCCGAUGGCAAGCCGGAGACUCCUAAGCAGAAGGUGGAACGAUUGCGGGCACAGGCUCGGGCGGCACGGAUGGCGCAGUCGUCAUCGGGCAUGGAUCGCUGGAUUGAAGCUGGACGACGGGUGGCCAACAGGGCACACAAGGGGAUGGUGUAUUCGCUGAUUAUUGCGUCGGGUGUCUGCGGUGUCCUUACAGCUUACUCGAUGGUCUCGCUGACCCUCUACAACCGCCGCCAACGCACCCUGUGGAUCGAAAGGGAAACCGAGAAAUUGAACCAGGCCCGCAUCGCGCAGGCCAACGGCACCGCUACCGCCGAACAGCUGGAGCUGGUUAAGCAGGAAGAGAUUGAGGAGAUCUUCAAGCGGAAGAAGGCGGAGGAGAAGGCACAAAGGCCGUGGGCCAAGGCGAAGCGAUUCCUGUUCGAGAAAAUGAAUCCCGAGGAUGCCGGUACAACCGCUACGUUGGCUUCCGCCGCAUCGACAUCAGUGGCCGGUGCCCAGCCCAGCGUUGUGGAUGCCGUCAAGGCGAAGCAGGCCUUCGAUGCUGCUGCUGCUAAGACCGGGAGCCCGAUGCCUGGGCAGUUGGAUGUGAUGGCCGAGAAUGCGGAGCGUGCUGCGAAGGAGACGACGCGCAGCUGGACCAGCUGGUUGACGGGGCGGUAG